AUGUGUGGAGACACCAACCGCCCAACAUUCGGAGGCACUAUUGCCGUCCUAUUUCCUCGAGGGACUCAUCAGAGCUCGAACACUUCAGAUGCAUCAUUAUCUUCAUCACCAGAAUCAGUAUCCUCGUUUACAUCAUCAUCGUCGACUGCCUCAAUAUCAUCAUACUCUCUUUUCUUCCGCGACACGGAUGCAAGUAAAACGAGAGCGAUCUUCCGAACGGAAGAUGCAGAGACAUAUCACGCACUCAGAGGAUGUGGAAAUGUCGAUAUGCGCAUUGAGAAAUUUGGUGAUCUCUCCUCUACAUCUCAAUCCACAACUCCUCUUCAUCAGUUCCGCUUGAAUAUGAAACAGGACAAGAACCACAGUACAGCAAAUUCGACGGAGAUCGAGUUCGAGCUGCCCGAAAGGCUGGACCUGGGCGUCUCCGAGAAGGGUGUCAUUGGCCGACAAGUGACAGUCAGAGAGCAAGGGGGUUCCAUCCUGGGGAUUGGAAUAGUGGGAUACAAUUAA